GAGGCCAGCUACAUGCAUCCAUUCAUGGAGCAAGUCAAGGGAUACAAAAUUCUGACAGUGGGAUUGGCCUUUCUGGUUUGGGUGUUAUAUUUCAUGACGUCCUGGCCUGACAGCACUGUCUAUCGGCCUCCAGGACCUUACCAUGCCAUCACAUUUGUCUCCAAUGCCACAGGGGUUACUACGUCUACUCACAGGACCACGCAGUCACCCUCCAUCUUGAAGUCUCUGCCAGAGGAGCUCGCCAACUUGACCCAUCUUCUGUCUUGGCCUCCGACCCCAGGAGAUGGGAGGGACUUUUUGGCCUCCACCAGCCCCCAAACCUCUACCUUCCACCUGAGGGGCCCUGCACAGGCUACCUAUGACUUGGGUGGCUCCCUGGAGGUUGUGCUUGUGGCCAAGGACCACCGGGGUAGGCCCAAGACCCAUGGUGGGGAUCUGUUUCGGGCAAAGCUGCUGGGUCCAGACUUAACCACUGGUGUUCCUGGGGAUGUGCAGGACCUGGAGAAUGGCACCUACCUGCUAUCCUUCCACCUGCUCUGGGCAGGGCGGGCCCAGGUCAGAGUGUGGCUGAUCCACUCCAGUGAAGCAGUUGGCGUCCUGAGAAGAAUCUGGAGAGAGAAGGGGGCCACGGUUAAUUUUAGGGGGUAUUUCCGGGGACCCACUGGUGCUGAAGAGAUUGCUGUUUGCAAUGUUGACCCCUCCUCGACGGGAGCAAAGGGGCCGACCUGCCAGUACCAAGAUGUGGUUUCUGGUGAGCUCUGGUUCUGUGCUCAGCCCCCUACCUUGCCUUGCAACUCUUUGGUUGGCCAUUCAAGUGGGAGUUACCUGAAGGUGACCACACAACAGGAAGAGGCCCUGCUGGGAUGGAAUGUGACUGACAAGCUGCUCCCACCGGGCAAGUCCCGCAUUGAGAUCAAAGUGACAGCCACCGGGAACAGCAGCCUGGCCCUGUCCCCACGGCCCCCAUGCCACCCAGGACUCCCAGCCCCACGGCCCUCUGGCUUCUACCACCGAAACGUAUGGCACUCACUGGCCUGCUCAGGCCGCUCCUUCCCCACCGAGGACAGCAUCCUGGGCUGCCUGACCGGCCGCAUUGUCCACAUGAUGGGGGACUCCACGCUUCGGCAGUGGUGGGAGUAUCUGCGUGACACCGUGUCCUCCCUCAAGCCCGUGGAUCUGCAUGCCACCUAUCAGGUAGGGCCCCUGAUGCUGGUGGACACCAGCAAGGGCAUCGUGCUGCAUUGGCGGGCUCACAGCUGGCCCCUACGCUCCAAACGCACACCUGUGGCCUCCCUGCACUCCGUGGCCCAAGAGCUGAGGGGCCUGGCUGGCGGUCCCCACACCGUGGUCGUGCUGGGUCUGGGGGCUCACUUCACCACCUUCCCUCCAACCAUCUUCGUGCAACGCCUGGCUGGGAUCCGGGAAGCCGUGACAGCCCUCCUCGCCCGGGAGCCCCACACCCUUGUGGUCAUCAAACUGGCCAACACUGGCUACAAGUCCGUGUAUGGCAGUGACUGGCUCACCCUCCAGGUGAACCGGCUCCUGCGUGCUGCCUUUGCUGGCCUCCGUGUGGCCUUCGUGGAUGCUUGGGAAAUGACCUCUAGCCUGGCGCUGCCAGACAACAUCCAUCCAGGGAAGCUCAUCGUGCGCAAUGAGGUGGAUCUUCUCCUCUCCUUCAUCUGCCCCAGCUGAUGCUCCUGGGAGGACCCCGGGAUGUGAUGGACAGAGAACCUGGGUUCUGGCAACAGGGAUAGUGGAGAGGACCACAGCAAUGCCAAGACCUCAAACUCACAGUGACUCAGCUACUUGCUGAUACUUUGGUCAUAUAUGUAUGUGAUUUAACAUAACUCAGGGAUUGGGAGAUUUUUUUUUUAUCAGCUUUCAUUUUGGAUUUAGGUGG